CGACAAGGAAGGUCGCCUGUCAAACAAACAGUUAUCAGGCAAUGAUGAAGUUCAGUGGCAGAACUAACCGCCUUCGUUAGCUCCUACCUUGUUUUUUCCGACUGUGACAACAAUGGAGCUGCUGUGGGAUGAUGACCCGGGCCCCGACGGCCCUUUCUUCACCAGAGACCUCUAUGACAAAUAUUUGCUUGCACCAAACAUCAGGGAACUUUGGGCCUUUCUUCAAAGUCCUGCAGAAAAUACCAGUGCAAAACAAGGAUGUGCGGGGGCUGCAGAAGACUGCGGCACUCCUUCCCUAAAAGAUGAUGCAAAGUUAAAAGGCAACCGUCGCGUCGGCAGCCAAGCGUCCAGAUGGGAGAGCUGUGAUAGUGAUGAUCUGUCUGCAGGCAAUGAUGAGGCACCAAAAAACAGCAAGAGAGGCAGAAAUUCCAGGAUAAAGACGGAGAUGGAGGUAGAUGUUGCCUUUCCUGAACCCAGGCUGCCGUAUCCCUGCAUGUCCAGCCUGUCCAGCAAAGACCAGAAAACCUAUAUGGGUUAUUUGAUGAAUACGAAGACCAGGAGACCUCCAAAGAACUUACUGGUGCGAAUAAACAAUGAAGUGGCGCAGUUCAUGAGGUACCUGCAGGAUGUUGCUAAAAUAUGUGCUGAUGACUACAAUUCUAUAACACAAGGAGCUAUGCAGUAUACAGAGGAGUUCUUUGAGGCAUGUUUAGAGUCUGUUAAGGCACUUCCUCAGUUCUACCAGAUCCAUGAAAUGACCAGUUUGACAGGAGGAACGUUUAAUCCAGGUCUGGUGCUGACAUUUGAGAAACAGCUGCUGACAAUGGGCACUGCGAAUAUAACCGACCACAAGAUGGUGCCUGCUGAUGCACAGCUUGCAUCCGAUUAUCACAGUGUUUCAUCAGCGAAUCCUCCAGCUAAGAAAGCCAAGGACAAGCAUGCUAUGAUCAGCAGCGAUGGAAAUGUUGAAAAACUGUGUGCUUAUUAUGAACCUCAUGUCUGUCUGACCCGAGAUGCCUUGGUCAGGCUGCUGGACAACCAUGGCCCCGACUUCGGGGACCAAUGGGAACUGCCUGUUUUGGUAAAAGUAACACCAGGAAAAGGAAGUAGUAAAAGGAAGGCUGUGUACAUAGACUCUCCUCUCCUGAAACGUGAAGUGACGGUGAGAGAGAGGAGUCAGAUCUACUACGAAGAAAGUUUGAAGCUCUCCAUCAUGACAAAAGGAAGUAAUAAAGUGUUCCAUUUAAUGACCGAGCGGCCUGCACAUGAGCACCAGUUCUCACAGGAAGCCUCCAUGAGAGGUUACGUGUCUGUCGAAAACAGUGGCCUUGACUUUGAAGUGGACCUAACUGACCUGGAGACCUUUGGAGAAACUGCAACUAAAACGCCCCAGAUCAAAAAGACAAAGAGUCAGCAGGAUAAACGGACUGAAAGUAGUGGAGCUACAAGUACUCCAGAUGUGGUCAAGUCGGAUAUUUCCAAUGAAAAUCCUAAAGCUAGCAGCAGUUCACAAGAAGACUUUAACACUGCUUCUCGAUCCCCAGAAAACCCCAGAACAGAAUCAAGUCAGCUGGUUGUGAGCGAGGCGGAGUCACUAAAGACUGAAUCGCAGGGUUCUCGCCACAAAUGGGAUGAAGAGACAGUUUUUAUGGCAGAUUCAGAUGACGAGAAGCUGAUCAUUGAUGAUUCUGGCUCAUUAGUAGCAUCACUUACAAACCAGUCAGAACCUCUGACUACAACGUGCUCCACAGACCCCCCAGUUACAUCUCCUAUAAAGUCUACCUCUCCAAACACUGACCCCUCUCCGCCUUUUAAGGGUACAAGGUCUAAACAGACCACUAGACGAGCAAAAGCUUCUGGGGAUCAACUAGGUGAGAUCCUGCGCAUGCAAACAGCCAUGUUCAAGUCUGGCAAUGAAUCAGCGAUUGCCGUUAAGUCCCCAAGCCGCUGUGUGGGGCCCCAGCUGAACCCACAUCCAACAUCUCUGGUUAAACAGUGUGUGUCCUUAUAUUUGGAAAGACAGCAGAACGAGGAAGGUGACAAUCGAGCUGCUCUUCCUGAAUCUGCAUUCGUCAACAUCAAUCCUACAGAGCACAAAAAAAUACUUUCAGAAAACCUUCAGGCUUGCGCAGAAGACGAGCUAGACUAUGACGCUCCGGUGGAGGGGAAUCUGCUCUACAAGCUCUACAGUCUGCAAGACCUCUUGGUGAUGGUGCGGAGCUCUGUCUCUCUGACCCACACAAGAAAAGUAGACAAUAGUCAGAAUCAGUAUGUGCCAGUGCAUGUUUUACCAAAGUUGGAGUACCAGCUUUCUUACGGUGUUGAAUGUCUAACCAGCAGCGAGGCAUGCCAGCUGUGGACAGAGACAUCGCUUCACUCCAGCACAGUGUCUUACAUUGCUCACAUCAAUGCACACGCAUCCAAAGUUGCUCUGCUGAGGAAGCUGCCUGAUGACUGGAUGCAGAACAUCUCCUGCGGGUUCAAACCUUCAAAAUCACUGAAUAUUUUGCACCACCUUCUGAAAAAGCUAACUGGAUUGGAGGAGGGUCAGUACCUUAUUGUGCACAAAGCUGGAGAGCCGUUUGUGACACUGCUGAAAGCAGCAGGUGGAAAAGUGAGUCGGGGAGCGUACGACCUGCAGCAGAUACACAGCUCUGUUCCCCAGCCCCCAAGUUUGUGCCCUGUGCCUUGGAUACCUGUAGAUCCGGCUGUGGUCCUCCCGUUCCACCAGCAACACAGCAGAGUUCCCUGUACAUUUCCUCCAAAAACCUUUCAAAAGACAACAAAAGAUGGAGAUAACAGCAGAGCUGGUCAGAAGAACCCGAAUGUCCAGAAGAAGGGCAAACAAACAAAACGUUCAGCCAAACGUAACAAAUAUAUAAAAAAGCUUGUUCAGAAGUCUGUUUAAAAGCCCUCAACGUUUAAUCCAAAUCCUUUCAUUUCAUGCUCAGCUUAUGCUGGACCAGUGUUUCUGCAGCAGAGAAAGGAAAGGGAGAGGUUACUGCUAUGUGUUUGUAUAAAAAAUUUUCUUCAUACUAGUUAAAAUUAUAUAUGUAUUUUGUUGAAAGUUUGUUUUGUAAAACCAGAACAUAAAUAAACUUGAAUUUUCUUGCUG